AUGACAUAUUCAACUGAAACUCCUUCUAAUUCAGAAAAUGUUGUUUCUAAUUACAAUGAUCCUUAUUUCCUAUCAAAUGGAGAUAAUACAAAUCAUUCGAUUAUAAAUUACAUAUUCAAUGGAAAUAAUUUCAUCAAUUGGAAUCGUGUUGUAAGAGUUGCAUUGAUUGCAAGAAAUAAGCUAGGUUUCCUUGAUGGAACUCUCAAGAAACCAGCUCCUAAUUCUUCUGAUUACCAGAAAUGGAACCGUAAUGAUCAUAUGGUGAUGUCAUGGUUAUCAAAUUCUAUGGAGAAGUCUAUUGUUGAGAACUUCUUGUUUGCUGAUUCUACUUUUCAAUUCUGGACUGAGGUUGUUGAAAGGUAUGGCCACACAAAUAUACCUCAAUUAUACAAACAUAGAACAUUAAUGAAAACUGAGCAAGGAAAUCAAUCAGUUGCUGAAUAUUAUAGUAAAUUGAAAAGAGUUUGGGAUGAAAUUCAUGUUUUAGAUGGAUUUCCUGAUUGUUCUUGUGGAGCAAUUGCAAAAUGUAGUUGCAACUUAUUAAAACGAAUCUUAGAAGCUGAUGAGGUGAUGAAGUUAAUUCAGUUUGUAUCUGGAUUAAAUGAGGAUUAUGAUCUGACUAAGCAGAAUUUACUCAGUAGUGAUCCUUUACCUACCGUGAAUCAUGCUUUUCAUAUUUUACAACAAGUUGAAAGGCAGAAUAUGAAUGCUAUUAAGGUUGAUAGAUCAGGAGACAUGAGUGCCUUAUUAGCAACUAAAACCUCUACUGGUUCUGUUCAUAAAUCUUUCUCUUCUGGUUCUGGUCAGAAAAGAGAUUAUAGAGAUGUUCAAAGAAUGAAAUAUGACAGAACAUGUGAUCAUUGUAAGAUGAAAGGUCAUACUAUGGAUAGUUGUUUCAAAUUAGUUGGAUAUCCAGAAUGGUAUUCCACUUUGAAAGGGAGAAAUCAACCUAAAUUGGCUGCUCAUGUUCAAGAUUCUGGAGUUUUAUAA